AUGAAUUUCAAGCUGUUCUCAAGCGUUGCCCAUCAGUCUCUCUUGCCGGUGGAUCCGUCGUCAGAGUCCUUUGAGCUCCAUGCCGUGCCAGGACCCGAUAUUUGGCGAACACCCGCUUGCGCUGGAGGCCGAGACGAUUUCAACGGCCCUAUUUACGCCACACCUUUACCUCUCAAUUCAUUCAAAAGCGCCAAGGUUACUAUAUCGGCGGACUUUGUAGCGUCUUACUCACAAGGCGGUCUUAUUCUAUUCUUUCCUGACUCCGACCCGUCGCCAGACGCUGCUGGAAACCUUCACCUAUCCUCCUCGCCGGGGACAUGGAUCAAAGCCGGAAUCGAGCACGUGGAUGGCGAACUAUUCGCCUCUGUCGCUGCUGGCCAGCCCUACUCAGAUUGGAGUUUGACAAAAUUGGGUGAAAGUACUGCCACUUUCGAAAUGGAGAAGAUAAAUGGUUCUCUUUGGAUCUAUGUUACCGGAUCUGACGGACGGCGCAUGCCAUUGAGGAAAUUGACUUGGGUCUUUGAUAUGGAGCCGCAGAACAAAAUCUGGGUUGGCGUCGCUGCUUGCAUGCCUAAAGGCAAUGGAACGACAGAUGGUGGCUCGUUAUCAGUAACCUUUCGUGAUCUUUGUAUAAGAGCCGAAUAG